AUGAAGAUAUUCGGUGAUGAUAUAAUAGUGAACCUGGUGGAUUGUUUUAAGGCCCAGGGUCUCGAUGCGGCGAUGGCCGGCCCAUUCGCCGAUGACUGGAAGGUUUGCGCUGAAAACCUGGCGCAGGCCUACUGGCAGGUGGUCAGCGAACCUGAUAAUUUUGCGUACGCCGGCCGAACUGACCUGGCCGAUUUUCUCGAUUUGUUUAGCGCCAAACUAGGAUACAUGGUCAUAAACAAUCUGGAAACUGUGCCAGAUCACUCCGACGCUGAGCAGGCGUACAAUGAUUGGGUUAACGAUAGACGGGUUGCUGUGAUAAAAAUGGCCAAGUUCCUACGCAAUACGCUUACUGGUACUCCCGGUGCUGACUCCGGGCAUCAUUUACCCGGUUUUAAAGUAGCCAUAACUAAGUCAAUAAACAUUAUGGCUCAGACUUUUAGGGCUAUCACAGAGAAUAAUGAGUCCAGGGUGAAAUUGUGUAUCGGUGGGUGGCUUGAUGAUUUUGGUGAUAAGAUUAGGCAGGCUAUCGAUCAUCAGAUAAGCGUAAUAAAAAAUGGUGCAGAUACUUUACCGGCUGAGUAUCAGUAUCUAGAGAUAUUACUGUUUGCAGCCAUCCUUAAAAUGUUCCGCUUUGUUGACCAUUGGGUGCUCUUUGUCACCAAACCCGGUGAGAGGGCGGAGUAUUGUAUCGAAUUCCACUUCAAUGUAUGUGGUCACUCUACUAGCUGA